AUGUCCACCCCCUCGUCUUCCAGCUAUGUCCAAUGGCUCAACGUCUCUCGUAUCACUGACUUUAUCACAUUCAUAAUGUCCACUUUAAUCAAUGGAGUACUUCUCAACCUAAUAAAAACCAGCUCCCCUAAACAUUUUGGGAACUAUGUCUAUUUGAUGAUGGCAUUUUCAAUCAAUAGUCUGGUUUUUGCAACGAUCCAUGCUUUUAUACAACCGAUAAUCUCUACGGAAAAAUACGUCUUAUUCGUUUUCACAUCGACAAAUUAUUUGGAAGUUCCACGGAUUUUUAUGCGAGGUCUUUUGUCAAUCUACGGAACAAGCUACAGUCAGGCAUUGGUUUUCAUAGCUGUUCAAUUUGUGUACAGAUGUUUUGCAAUAAGUCGUCGGAAAUAUUUGCACUAUUUCAAAGGGAAAUUCUUGGGAUUUUGGUUUGGAUUGGUUGGAAUAUUUGGUGUGAAUUGGGGGCUUUGCAUAUUUUUAAUUGCCAGAGAGACCCCCCAGGUUGACGAGGUUUUGAGACCAGUAAUGACUUCAAGUUUCAACCUGAACAUGACGGAAGUCUACUAUGUUGCUGCAAGUUACGCCGUUGAAAACGAAUUGGGAAUACGGUCACUCAAUUGGCCAACCAUUUUUAUGGUUAUCAAUUUUGCACUGAUCAUGGGUCUCUCGUUCUCCGUGAUUCUUCUAUGCCUAUACUUUAUCCAUCACAAAAUGAAAGGUGUCACCUAUUCAAAAGUCUACGAAGCCGUCCAAAAACAACUCUACAGAGCUCUGUUAUCCCAAAUGAUUGUUCCUUUGAUUCUCAUCUACAUACCCAUUCUAAUAGUAAUGAUUCUUCCAAUUUUUAAUGUAAAAAAUGAUGCUUCCACUAGUUUAACCUCCAUUUUAAUUUCCAUCUACCCAGUGCUAGACCCUUUUGCUGUGAUAAUGAUUAUAUCAGUUUAUCGGCAAGGCUUUUUCAAUAUGUUUAGAAAUAAGCCAGUGAAUAAUCAAGUGGCCAAUUUGGAUAUGAGUUUGUGA